UCCACUCCUUUCCCUCAUUCGCACCUGCCAUUCCAGUGGAGGAGCAGCAGCGGGAAAUCAAAUCCCUGAGGCAGGCGCAGACGUUCGCCUCCAGCCACGUCAACGGGCCCUCUGGCGGCCGCGAAUCUCCCGCGCGCUGCCGAACUUCCGCCAAAUUCGAAUGCCUUCCCCCUCCUCCUCUCCUUCCCUCUCCCCCUCCCCCUCCUUGUGGCGGAGCACCUCCUCCUCCACCUCCACCUCCACCUCCUCCUGGCGUUGGAGCUCCUCCUCCUCCUCCUCCUCCUCCACCUCCUCCACCUUCCUCAGGCGGCGGUCCUCCCCCGCCUCCUCCACCUCCCCCUCCACCUCCACCUGUGAACCCCGUAGCAACGUUGGCGACCAUGAUCGGGGUCUCCAAGCAGAACAAGAAGGAGGCGGACGGGUCAGACUCGGGCAGCAAGCCUGCCGGCGGCAUGGACGACCUCAUCAACCAGAUCAAGCAGGGCGGCGUCAAGCUGAAGGCCACGAAGCCCUUCUGCCUCGGCUACAGCAGCAAGAAGGCAUCGGGCGAGGUGACGGACAAGCCGGCCGACGCCGUGCAGGAGAUGAAGAGCAUCCUGGCCACCAUGAAGCGCGGGCGGGCGGGAAGGCUGCGGCCCUCCGCGGUGUCGCAGGAGGCCAAGAAGAACACGUCCAAGAAAAACAAGAAGGACAAGGACAUGGAAAAGAAGGCGGAGGAGGAGUGCGACGAGAAGCCGCCGCCGCCGAGUGAGGAGGAGGCCAGCCCCAGGGACGGCGAGGACUCCGGCAAGGGCGCGAGCAAGGAGGCGUCCCCGAAGACCGAGGAGUCUCCGGAGCCAGAGGGCAGCUCGCCCGAGAAGGAGGAGGAGGAGGGAGGGAGCCCCAGGACGGCGGAGGCGUCGUUCACACUGCGCCUGCACGCGACAGGCGGCCACGACGCCGACGAGAGCUCGAGCCGGGAGGCGACGCCGCCGUGCUCGAGCGGACGCGACUCCGAGGAGCGCGACUCGGGGCGGCCGUCGCCGGGCAGGGCCGUCUCCAGCACCACCAUCUUCCUCAAGUCCAGCCGAAGCCCUUCGGAGGAGUGAGGCCGUGAGAGAACCCGAGAAACGGGACCGAAAGAGCUCAAGAGCCUGAGGAGAGGAGGGGCGCGGAGCCCAGCCCUCGCAGCACUGUCCUCCCCAGGAAUCAAACUGAUGUUGAUGUUACAUGAUUUUUUUUUAAAUCUGAGCCAUUAAAUGUAGGUGCUUCAUUUGUUUAUAUUAAGAUGAUGGUACGACUGUUCAAUGGAUAGAAAAUAUUUAAUACCUUGACUCUCCCUCCCCCAUCCCCCCCUCCCCCAACCACCAGUAUGACGUUGUGUUGAAGAAGUUAUAACAUAUCAAUUGAAUCUAUAUAGAGUCUAUUGUAAAGCCCGUUUUGCCUUCCGUAGAUUCUAUUCACAUGAUCUAUUUUAAUGAUGUUAUUGACUCCCUGAUAAUAAGAAUAGUUAAUAUGGCUUUUACAAUGUUACAGUUCUCCUUAAUGGCCUAUGCUAAUACUUUUGUGUAUGACAACAGAAGUAGUAAACGCAUACAAGGUGCCUCAGUAUUACAUCUGUAUUUCAUGACCUGCAUUUAAAAUAUACAAUAUCAUGGCAUUAGUAUUGAGGAUAGGAUUUAUCUUCUUUUUUUUUUUUUUGUUAGUGGUGUAGCAUUAUGAUUUUUCUUAUGAUGAUUAUGGUUAUUUAUGUAUAUAUAAAAAAACAAUGCAAUUAUGAGGCUCAUUUAAUUGUUUCUUUUCUAGUAGAGUUAAGAAAUUAUAUACUUUUUCCUAAAAAGUGCCAAAAUUUUCCUCUGAUAUGUUAGACAUAAGCAUCCGAAAUUCCCAAUAAAUGUUUGUUUGAAGAAAUUAUGUAAGGAAUUGUUUAAUAGAAUUUGGUUAAGUCAUGUAGUUUAGGUAUUUCACUGAAGUUAUCUUGGAUUCUGAGAAUAUGAAAUAAUGUCAGUCAAGCUUGCUCAAUCACCUAAGAUCUCUAAAGGAACUUUUUUAAAUACAAGAAAAAUACCUCUCUUUUUAAUUUAAAUUCUCUAAAAUUGCUUGUGGUUAUUGUAAGAACUAAAAAAUGGCAUUGUUAGUGGUUGGCAUCCAGAUCCCCAACCAUGAUCUCAGUCUCAAUUCUUUUCAUAUUAAUGACAAUAAUAAAUGUAGAAGCCAGGCAAGGCACCUCACCAGAACAUUCAGGUAAAAGCACAGCAUCUCAAAUUUUUCAUCAUUUAUACUCAGGAAUGACUUGGAAAAUGGUGCAUUUAUUGGGUGUAAAUUUACGGAUUUCCGGCCUGAGCUGAACUCCAAAUGUUUCAAGAUCCCCACAGUGCCUCUGCGGAAUAGGACAGAAUAAAAUCUCUUAGGGUACGACAUGAAUAACUUAUAGAACUAGUCCUCCACUCUUUGGAACGGGAUCACUUUUUAUAAUAGAAUGUGUAAAACAGUAUAUGAAAGCUAUGCCAGUUCCUUUGAAAUGGAUAAAGAGUUCUUUUUCUGUAUUAUUAUCGUUUUUAAUCGUUAUUGCUUAUACAACAAAACGAGUCAACGACAGAAAAGUGAAAUGUCACUUGCUUUCUUGGGGGUUCGAUUUUGAAGCACGUGCCUUGUGUAUUUACAUUUUUCUUCCAGGAUAACCAUUUUUCUACCUUCCAUGAAGGUUGUUUUUACAUAUUUUGAUAGUGUUUUCUUUCUUUUUUUUUUUUGUACAGUCCUUUCGAGUAUUGUUAAGCGCGAGUGAAAAAAAUCAGACGUGUGCUCAAUUUUUUUUUUCUUUCUUUUUUUUCUAUUUUUUAGUAUUGACAAAAAAAAUGAGGCUGUUCAGUGCGACUUAUUGAGAGAACUAAGCUAGUCAAAGUAGUAUUUUUUUUCCAGUCCUUUUGUAAUGGUGGAGAGCAGAGGUUUUUAUUCCCAGAACGUUUUAUGUUUUUACAUCGACUUCAGACCCUGCACUUUGUAAGAUCUUUUUGAACUAUGGAGUCUAUAAUUCCUUAAGAAGCAAGUGCCCCAGAAAGGAACAAAAUACAAAGUAGAAUUAAAGAAAUUUUGUUUAUACUUCAUGCACAAAUGAGAAAAUAACUAUGAGUUUGAUAACAUUUGAAAAAGGGAAUUGUUAAUAUUACACUUUUUAAUUAAAGAAGAGAAAAAAGUACUCCUAAGUACUUCUGAUUGAAAUUUUUGUUUAAAGUACAAGCAAAAAUUUAUGUAUUUGCAUGCAUAGUUGACUGGAUUUUGUAGUUCUUGCUAAUUUAGCCAAUGCUAUGUACUUUUUUCAUUUUUUUGAAAAAAUAGCUGCUUUGAUGGUAAAUUUUCCUCCGUGCAAAUAUGUGAUUUCUGUUUCUCUGCUGGUAAUUUUGAAUUUUUGAUUAUUGGGUAUUAAUUUCUUGUGAUAUAAUUUAUUUACUAUUUCUGCUCUUUGUAAUUUUACUAAAAUAUUUUACCAUUCA